AUGAGUCGAAAUCUACUGACAAAACAUGUAGCUGCAGUUCUAAAACACCAAAAAGACCCAAUAAAAGCUUUACAAACAUUCUAUUCUGUAAAAAAUGAAGACGGAUUCAAACAUAAUCUCACAACUUACAAAUGUAUUAUCGAAAACCUCGGUCGAAACAGUGAAUUCGAAGCAAUGGAAAACAUGUUUUCAGAAAUGAGAUCAAAUAUUGACAAUAGCUUAUUAGAAGGAGUUUAUAUUUUUGCAAUGAAAAUUUAUGGUAAAAAAGGAAAGAUUCAAGAAGCUGUUAAUGUGUUUGAAAGAAUGGAUUUUUAUAACUGCGAACCGACGAUUAUUUCGUAUAAUGCGAUAAUGAAUAUAUUGGUUGAGUUUGGUUUUUUUGAUCAAGCACAUAAGGUGUAUAUGAGGAUGAAGGAUAAAGAGAUUGUUUCGGAUGUUUAUACUUUUACGAUACGAAUUAAGGCUUUUUGUAAGAGUAAAAGGACGUUUGUCGCGCUUCGAUUACUAAAGAAUAUGCCUGUUGUGUACGGAUGUGAGAUAAAUUCCGUUGCGUAUUGUACGGUGAUUGGUGGUUUUUAUGAGGAGAACAAUGGAGUGGAUGCGCGUAAGGUGUUUGAUGAAAUGCUUGAGAGAAAUAUGUUUGUUGAUGUUGUUAGUUUUAAUAAAGUUUUGCAUGUUCUUUGUAAGAAAGGGGAGGUUAUAGAAAGCGGGAGACUUUUUGGAAAGGUUUUGAAGAGGGGUAUGUGUGCAAAUGUGUUUACAUAUAAUAUAUUUAUUCAGGGUUUGUGUAAGAAUAGGAGGCUUGAUGAGGCUGCAAAGAUGCUGGGUGGCGCUAGUAGAGAAGGUUUAACGCCUGAUGUUGUAACUUUUAAUACACUUAUAACGGGUUUAUGCAGGAAUGCAAAGGUUUUGGAGGCUGAGAGCUACUUAAUGAGCAUGAUAAAUAAAGGGCUUGAACCUGAUGAUUUUACGUACAAUUCAAUUAUUGAUGGGUACUGUAAACUAGGUAUGGUGGAAAGAGCUUCUAAGAUCAUGAAAGAUGCGGUUUUUAAGGGGUUUAAGCCGGAUAAGUUUACUUAUUCGUCAUUAAUCUAUGGAUGUUGUCAAGAAGAUGACAUGGAUAGAGCUAUGUCGGUUUUUAGAGAUGCGUUAAGUAAAGGGGUGAAACCGAAUACAAUUAUGUAUAAUACAUUGAUCAAAGGUUUGUCUAAACAAGGCCUUAUUUUGCAAGCAUUGGACCUAAUGGAAGAAAUGCAAAAAAAAGAGUGCAGUCCUGAUACGUGGACAUAUAAUUUACUGAUAAAUGGGCUAUGCAAGAUGGGGUGUGUAUCGGAUGCUAGUAACCUCAUGAAUGAGUCUUUGGCUAAAGGUUUUGUUCCCAAUAUUUACACAUUUAAUACUCUAAUAGAUGGUUAUUGUAAGCAGUUGAAGAUGAGUGACGCCAUUGAACUUAUGCAUAACAUGUGGGAUUAUGUGACCCCUGAUGCUAUCACGUAUAACACAGUCUUAAAUGGUCUUUGUAAAACUACCAAGUUUGAUGAUGUGAUUGGAACAUUUCGUGAAAUGGUUGAUAAAGGGUUUGUGCCAAAUGUAAUUACGUAUAAUGCCUUGAUUGAAAGCCUCUGUAAAGGUCGGAAAUUAGAAAAAGCCAUGGAAGUUUUCAAGGAAAUGGAGAAAAGUGGCAUAGCUCCAGAUGAAAUUAGUUAUGGCACAUUGAUUAAUGGGUUUUGUGAAAAUGGUAAUCUCGAAGGAGCUUUUGAUCUCUUCCAAAAGAAGGUGAACACACAUAAAUUACCCCAUACGACUGCCAUAUUCAACAUCAUGAUAAAAGCUUUUAGUGACAAGCUGAAGAUGGAUGACUCACUUAAGCUUUUCAAUAUAAUGCCUGAGAAUGGGUGCCAACCAGAUGACUUCACGUUCCGUUGCAUGAUUGAUGGGUUUUGUAAAGCAGGAAACGUUGACAACGGCUACAAGUUCCUUCUUGAUAAAAUUGAGUGUGGUUUCACACCGUCAGUUUCCACGUUUGGGCAGGUGAUAAAUUCUCUUUGUGUUAAGAAUAGAGUGCUUGAAGCAGUAGGUAUCAUUCACAUCAUGGUGCGGGAAGACGUUGUCCCUGACACUGUAAAUACCAUAUUUGAAGCUGAUAAAAGGGCAGUGGCAGCUCCAAAGAUUGUUGUAGAAGACAUGCUUAGAAAGAGUCAUAUUACUUAUUUUGCAUAUGAACUCUUGUAUGAUGGUGUAAGAGAUAAGAAGCUCCUUAAAAAGAAGAUUCUGAAUAGAAAAAACAAAAAUACAUAAUCCAUAAAUGUUUUUUGAAAAAUUUGUAGGGGUGAUUUUUCCCCUUUGUAUUGCAAUUCAGUUCACGGCUGGAGUUAUGUAUAGCUCAAGGUUCAGUUGAACCCAUUU